AUGAAUGCCUUUGUCUCCGCCGCGGCGAUAGGCGCAGGUCAUCAAAGUUCAUUUGUCACGGACCGAUGCGCCGCACACCAAAUAGUGCCCAGACUACCGUCCUCGAAUCGACCCCGGCUGUGCCCGAUAUCCAUGUCAGGAGGACCAAGCUGGAGCGACCAUGUCCCUGUCGCUGAGAAGCCGCGCACGCUGAUUCGCGAGGACGGGAUAUCCGGGUCUGAUACGAUGCAAAGCCGCUUCGAAUCGAUGAUACGCAAGGCGCAAGACGACAUCUGCGCCCAGGUCGAAGCCCUGGACGGAGGGAAAUUUCACGAGGACUCGUGGAUCCGUGAGAACGGCGGCGGAGGAAUUUCCCGCGUGCUGCAGGGAGGAAACGUUUUUGAAAAGGCCGGAGUCAAUGUGUCUGUGGUCUAUGGCACUAUGCCACCAGAGGCCGUCGCUGCAGCAAGCGCCAGAGGGGUAACGCGCGAUGUCGGCUACGCGCCUGGGGAGGCUGUUCCGUUUUUUGCGGCUGGUAUCUCCUCGGUCAUGCAUCCUUGGAACCCCAUGGCUCCGACCAUGCAUUUCAACUAUCGUUACUUUGAAACAGAUAGAGGUCUUUGGUGGUUUGGGGGUGGUACUGAUUUGACUCCGUCGUAUCUCUAUGAAGAAGACGCCAAGCAUUUUCAUGGAACACUCAAGAAGUGCUGCGACCGACAUGACGAGGCAUAUUUUCCAAAGUUUAAGUCUUGGUGCGAUGAUUACUUCUUGAUCAAGCAUCGCGGAGAACGUCGCGGGCUCGGUGGGAUCUUCUUUGAUGAUCUAAAUGACAGGCCGGCCGACGAAAUUUUCAAGUUUAGCACGGACUGCACAAACACCGUGUGCGAGGCAUACUUGCCCUUGGUGGAGAGACGGAAAGAUGAGGAAUACACUGAAGCCCAAAAGACUUGGCAACAGCUGAGGCGCGCUCGAUACGUCGAAUACAAUCUCGUGUAUGAUCGAGGCACGGUCUUCGGCCUCAAAACGGGAGGUCGAAUUGAGAGCAUCUUGAUGUCUCUGCCCUUGACUGCUCGCUGGGAGUACGACCACUCCCCCGAAGCAGGGUCUUGGGAGGAGAAGACGUUGGCCGUUUUGAAGGAACCGAAAGAUUGGGCAUGA